GCGCGGCCGUGACGUCACGUCUUUGCGGAAGUCCUGCGGACUGUGAUCACAUGACUAGCAGGCCGUGCCUAACGAGAAGCGUCGGUAUGGAUAAAAAUCAACUUUCACUGUGAUUAAGAGCCACAAAUGAAACGAGAUGGAGGAGAUUAAAGUGUCUCCUGACUACAACUGGUUCAGAAGUACAGUACCCCUGAAAAGAAUUAUCGUUGAUGACGAUGACAGCAAGGUGUGGUCGCUGUACGACGCCGGCCCAAAGAGCAUCAGGUGCCCCAUCGUCUUUCUCCCUCCAGUCAGCGGGACAGCAGAGGUGUUCUUCCAGCAGGUUCUAGCUCUAACGGGCUGGGGCUACAGAGUCAUCUCGCUACAGUAUCCGGUGUACUGGGAUCUGAUGGAGUUCUGUGAUGGAUUCCGGAAGCUUCUGGAUCACUUACAGCUGGAUAAAGUUCAUCUUUUUGGUGCAUCCUUGGGUGGAUUCUUGGCCCAGAAGUUUGCAGAGUGCACUCAUAAAUCCCCGCGGGUACAUUCCUUGAUCCUGUGUAACUCAUUCAGUGAUACCUCCAUCUUUAACCAGAUGUGGACAGCUAACAGUUUUUGGUUGAUGCCAGCUUUCAUGUUGAAGAAGAUUGUUCUGGGAAACUUUUCAAAAGGCCCCGUAGACCCCAAAAUGGCAAAUGCAAUUGACUUCAUGGUUGACCGGUUGGAGAGCCUAAACCAAAGUGAGCUAGCAUCACGGCUAACACUGAACUGCCAGAACUCUUACGUGGAGCCACACAAAAUAAAGGAUGUUGCUGUGACGAUUAUAGAUGUUUUUGACCAGAGUGCUCUGUCAGCGGAGGCCAAGGAAGAAAUGUACAAACUGUAUCCAAAUGCCAGACGAGCGCAUUUGAAAACGGGUGGAAACUUUCCUUACCUGAGUCGCAGCGCAGAGGUCAACCUCUACAUACAAAUUCAUCUGCAGCAGUUCCACGGGACAAGAUUUGCUGCCAUAAGUCCCGACAUGGUGAGCACCGAGGAGCUGGAGGUCCACCAAAGUCACCACAGCGACGACCACGACACUGACUGUGACCUAUGAACUUUUCCCACUGCCUCACUGAUCGGAUAAUUUUCAAGACAUUUUCCGCAUCAUGGCUGUUGCAGCUUACUUUUGGGCCGUGCAACAAUCAGCCUAUCAGAGGAGUAUAUUUUUUAUUGUACACCUAAAGCAAUAUUUUGAUAAUUGUACAUAAGAACUUGGUUGCUCUGCUUUAAAGGUUUGACACUUUGCCUUAUAUGGAAUGAACUUCAGGCCUGAAUUGUCGGCCUCAAGCGUUUGUAAAUAUGUUGUUGUGCAGAUCAGGACCAGGAGUUAACUGGUUCACUGUAAGCAGGGGGAAGGAAAAAAAAGUGAAGAAAUGAACAGAAUGUGGAGGCACAGCUUGUGUGAUUAAAUAACCACUUUUUCCAUGUUUGAAAUCAUUUUCAAUUUCAGUUAUUUGAUUAACGGUGGUUUAUUUUUUCUUUAAUAUUUUACAAUACAUUUUUUUAAUUUAUUAAUUUUUUUUUAAAGUCACUGACUGCAAAUAUGUUGUUCAUCUCCUGAGUUUGUGAUGUUAAGUGGAAAUUGUAGCUUCAGUUUUUGGCCAAAUUUCCACUAAUCAUCCAGCAGUUUUUAUCCCCCCAGUAUGAAAUCCGGGGGGAUAUAGCGAUCAGCGUGUCUGUGCGUCUGUCUGUUUUUGCAUGUUAGCGUGAUAGCUCAAGAACCCCAGUUGACAAGUUUCAUUCAUAUUUAGCAUAGGUGUAUAUUCACGUGAUCCCCCAACACUUUUAUGUUAGUGAUUUGUGGGGACCGGGAAGCACAGGAAGCACGAAAAAAUGGCAGAUUGUAUGAAAACAAUGAAAAUCAGAAACUCCUGCAUGUAAGCAUGAAAGAAUAUGUGUUGUAUUAUCAACAGAUUACAUGCUUCAUACAGCUUGCACCUGAAUAGUGGGCAUUCGACCUCAGUUAGUACAUACUACCCAAUCAUUACUGCAGUAUACACAAUGAGCAGUAGGAACACAAUUCUGACAUACACCGCCACAUAUUACUUGUGCCUUGACCCGGAUGUUUACAGUUGAUGCAUAUGUGGC